UUACGUAAAAAAUGUUAAGUUGCCUUUCUCAUAAGUUGGCUGUAUGAUGUGAGGUUUCUGACAGUCACUGCGGUAAUACUUGAGAAAAACUCGAAAUGUCAACUCAACUUGCAACAAAUGUUCACGAAGGUCUUCACCUAAAUUUUUCUAAAAAUUGUUAUUUAGUUUGCGGGAAUUAUGAAUAUUAUCACUAUUUAUGUGAUGGUUUCGACGACAGGGGCUGGGGAUGUGGAUAUCGAACAUUACAAACCAUAUGUUCCUGGAUGAAACUUAAUUUUAAUAAUUCUGUCGAAGUGCCGAGCAUUAAAAAUGUUCAGAAUAUUUUAGUUGAAAUGCAAGAUAAACCACAGUCUUUUUUAAAUUCCAGGCAAUGGAUUGGCAGUUUUGAGGUUUGCCUUGUAAUAGAUAAAUUAUUUGAUGUGCCGAGCAAAAUACUUCAUGUCAAUAAGGGUGAUAAUCUAGAAAAUAUAAUUGACAAUUUGAAAAACCAUUUUGAAAAAUUUGGUAGCCCCAUUAUGAUGGGAGGUGAUGUUGACUGUUCUUCAAAGGGCAUAAUGGGUGUGCACGUAAAUGGUGUUGAUUCUAGCUUAUUAGUUGUGGAUCCACAUUAUGUGGGUAAGGAGCCGUCAAAUGAUUUCUUACAAAACAAGGGCUGGGUAAAAUGGCAACCAAUAAAAGAAUUUCUGAGUAUGUCAUUUUAUAACUUAUGUUUGCCACAAGCAUACGCUAAAUGUAAAAAGAUAUAAACCUUAUAGACCGAACAAUUUGCUACUAUUAUGUAAUAAUAA